UGUCACGUGACGUGAAAGAAAUGAGGCGUUCAAGGAAAUUGGGGAAAAAGCAGCUUUCUCUUCUGCUGUCUGCACUCAGGUCAAUUUCCAGACUCCAUCGUGAUGUCUUCUGUUUUAACCUCUUCAAACUGAACUUUUACUUCCUCGUACAGUCGGAUAGAGGAACUGACCGUUUUGCGGCUGGCCCUUUUUUUGUCAACACUCCACAUCCUCUCCUGCUUCAAACUCCAAAAACCCAGCAAAGAAAAUAAUCAUGGUUGGAUAGAAAAGAGUGGACAGAGUCGACGUCACUUGUAAAAAAAAAAAAAAAAAAAAGAAAGAAAAGACAUGGCUCAUUCGGGUGGCCAGCAGGGCGAGAUGACAGAAUACAAAAAGAUUCUCAUCAAACGGGACUUGGAGAUGGGCGUGGUCAUGACCGUGUUUCGGCAGAAAGUGGAGCGCCUGACUGUGCAGGUCAUCAUGGAGACACGUCAGGUGGCGUGGACGCGCACUGCAGACAAGACCGACGGUGUUUUGGACUUGUUUGAGAUCAGAGAAAUUCGUCCUGGAAGAAACUCUAAGGACUUUGAGCGCUUCAGAGACGGGAAGGACAAACACAGCGACAGCAGCUGCUUCACUAUCUUCUAUGGCUCCCAGUUUGUCCUCAACACCCUGAGUCUGGGAGCUGAUUCUGUGGACGAGGCUCAGAAGUGGCUGCUUGGACUAGAGCUGCUGAGGCAGGAGACGGUGGCAGCUCCGACUCCAGUCCUCAUCGAGAGCUGGCUGAGGAAGCAGAUGUAUUCUGUUAAUCAGACCAAAACAAACAGGAUCUCCUUAAAGGAAAUGAAAGGUCUUCUUCCUUUACUCAACUACAAGGCUCCAAGCUCUCGGGUUCUCAAAGACAAGUUCCAGGAAGUGGGAGCAAAGAAAGAUCACCUGGACUUUGAGCAGUUUCAUAAAUUGUACAACCUCAUAAUGUUUGAACAGAACGAGAUCCUCGAUGAGUUCAAACAGGACUCAUGUGCUUUUAUUCUGGGUAACACAGAUAAACCAGACGCCUCUGUGGUUCUGCUCCAUGACUUCCAGCGAUUCCUCAUCUACCAGCAAAAGGAAUCCUGGGCCUCCGAUCUGAACCAGGUCAGAGAACUCAUGACCACCUUCAUCGACGACACCAUGAGAAAAACCAACGACCCUGAGUUCACCGUCGGUGAAUUCCUGGGUUUCCUGUUCUCUAAGGAGAAUUCUCUGUGGGAUGACAAGUUCUCAGAGAUGAACCACCUGGACAUGAACAAUCCUCUGUCCCACUACUGGAUCAGCUCCUCUCACAACACUUACCUGACCGGUGAUCAGCUGCGUAGUGAGUCGUCCACUGAGGCUUACGUGCGCUGCUUGCGUCUUGGCUGCCGCUGCGUGGAACUGGACUGUUGGGAAGGACCAGGGGAGCCCAUCAUCUACCACGGCUGGACCAGAACAACCAAGAUCAAGUUUGAAGACGUGGUCAAAGCCAUUAACGACCAUGCGUUUGUCACGUCAGAGUUCCCGGUGAUCUUGUCCAUCGAGGAGCACUGUCCGUUAGACCAGCAGCGUCAGAUGGCUCGCAUCUUCAGAGACGUGUUUGGAAACAAACUGCUGACAGAACCUGUGGAGCUGAUGGCCGAGCACCUUCCUUCACCCACACAGCUGAAGGGCAAGAUCAUCAUCAAGCACAAGAAGCUCAGUGUGGAGGGAGGAGAAGUCCCUAAAGACCUGAGGAAGGGGCAGAAACAGGGAGACCUGGAGAUCUGGGAUCCUGUGGACCAGCUGUGGAAGAAACAUUACUGCGUGAUCCGAGACGAUAAGCUGUACUACGCUGAGGAGGAGGAGGAGGAGGAGGAGCAGGUGGAAGAUCCCAGGAAGUACAAAGACCUCCACAGUCAUGAGCCGUGGUUUCAUGGUCGUAUGAAGGACAGCAGAGUGGCAGCUGAGCGACUCAUCCACAGCUACUGCACAGAGAACGCAGGGAUGGACGGGACCUUCCUGGUGCGAGAGAGCGAGACCUACGUACUGUCAUUCUGGCACAGUGGGCGGGUCCAGCACUGCCGUAUUCGCUCGGGUUCAGAUGGAGGCCCCACCUACUUCUACCUGACGCCCCACCUGCACAAGCCCAGCAUUUACGCACUGAUCCAGCACUACAGAGAGAACCCGCUCCGCUGCCAGGACUUCGAGCUUCGCCUCACCGAAGCUGUCCCACAGCCCAACCCUCACCUGAGAGAAGGGUGGUUCUACAGUAACCUGAGCAGAGGUCAGGCGGAGGAUUAUCUGAUGAGGAUUCCCAGAGACGGAGCGUUCCUUGUCCGACAGAGAGAGGGAGAUCCAGACGCCUUCGCCAUCACGUUCAGAGGCGACGGUAAGGUGAAACACUGCCGGAUCAAGAAGGAGAGCAACGUGUUCCUGCUGGGCACCACCUCAGAGUUUGAGAGUCUGGUGGAGCUGGUCAGCUACUUCAAGGUGAAGCCACUGUAUCGCAAGAUCAAGCUACGAUACCCAGUCACCCCCGAGCUGGUCGACCACUUCAGCACCGUGAAAGACUGCGCGUCUCUGUACGAGAUGAAGACGUACGUGGAGCCAAAUGAGAUCGAGCAGUCGCUGCCUCAAAGAACAGUCAGAGCUUUAUACAGUUACCAGGCGAAGAGGUCAGACGAGCUCAGCUUCACUAAAGGAGCUUUGAUACACAACGUGACAAAGGAGAACAACGGAUGGUGGAAAGGUGACCAUGGUGGAAAGAUUCAACAGCUGUUUCCAUCCAACUAUGUAGAGGAGGUUUCCAACUUUACACAACCUGACACCAAAAUACAGGAAAUGGAAGACAACCCACUCGGGGAACUAUGUAAGGGAAUUGUGGACAUCUCCAAGUGCAACAUCCAAAACUUGAAGAGUGGUAAGAAUGGGAAGCCUCACGUGCUGACGCUGCAGGACCUGGAGCAGGAGAGUCUGCAGUUUGACCUGGCUGCAGCUUCUGUGGAGGAGCUGUUCGAGUGGUACAAGGUGACCUGGGACAUUACUCAGAGAGAAAUCAGCAAACAGUACAGCAGGGAACAAGAGAUGAGGCAGCAGGUGGAGGUGGAGAAGAAGGACGAGGUUGCCAGGGAGAUGUCGGAGCUGGUGGUCUACUGUCAACCACGCAGCAAAGAGAAGGACCGCUUCGACAGUUACAGCUAUAAAGAAAUCCGCUCCUUUGUGGAGAACAAGACUCCAGGGAAGAGCCGCACCAAGGACUUCCUGCAGUACAACAGCAAGGCUCUGAGUCGCGUUUACCCCAAAGGCCAGCGUGUGGAGUCGUCCAACUACGACCCUUACCCACUGUGGGCCGCCGGAUGUCAGAUGGUGGCGCUCAACUUCCAGACUGCAGAUAAAUACACCCAGUUGAACAGCGCCCUCUUCAGUUUGAAUGGAAGCACAGGUUACGUGUUGCAGCCGGAAUUCAUGCGCUACGACACCUACGACCCUCAUCAGGAGAAGAACAAGGUCAAGUACAAUAUCGGAAUCCGGGUCAUCGCUGCCAGACAUCUUCCUAAAUCCGGCCGCAGCAUCGCCAGUCCCUUUGUAGAGAUGGAGCUAUACGGACACACGGAGGACAAGUUCAAGACCCUCGUCUGUCAUGAUAACGGUCUGAACCCCGUGUGGAAAUCCCCCUCCGACCCGGUCCUCUUCACCGUGUACGAGCCCGAGCUCACCUUCCUGCGCUUUGUCGUCAACGAGGAGGACAUGUUCUCUGAGGCCAACUUCCUGGCCCAGGCCACACUUCCUGUCAAAGGAAUACGCUCAGGUUACCGCUCUGUUCCUCUGAAGAAUGGAUACAAUGAAGACUUGGAGUUGGCCUCACUCUUAGUCAAUAUCAGUGUGCAGCAGGCAGGGAGGACAGACGAGGAGCUGUACUCGUCUUCAAGUCAGCUGAGGAAAAAACAGGCUGAGGUGAGCGGCGAGCUCUUCCUGUACGACACUCAAACCAACAUUCAGCUGUCCACGCUUCCUCGCCAGCAGAGCCAGCUCACCAGAGAGUUCAGCACCAGCGAGAGACACAGGACAAAGGACAAGAAAGUGAACAGCAGUAAAUUCUACUCGUGAUGUGGAUGAUAAAGUGCUAGAGGACGGAAACAUGACUCAGCAGAAAUGGCUGUGUUCCUCCUGCCUGAGCGACUCAGCAACUUUUCCACCUGUUUUCAUUUUCAUACCAACAUUCACACAAAAACCAUUAUAUUUAUGACGGAUUUUACAUAUAUACGUGUGUACAUAUAUAUACACACAUAUAUAUAUAUAUAUAUAUAUAUAUAUAUAUACACACAUGUAUAUAUAUGAAAUAAAAAUGAUUGAGAAACAUGUAAAUGAACUGAUUAUUUAGACGCUUUUGCGACUGAUGUGUUUUUCUUUGCGUCGCCACAGACGCCCAAAGUCACCCUUGAUAUAAUAUUUUGUAUUUGUAUUUAUUUUUAAUUAUAGACAAAGUUCUGCUUGCUGUACUCACAGAGGAGCCACUGUUGACUUUAAUAAUGAUGAUAAAAAGGAGAGGUUUAAGCUGUUAUGUUCUCUGCAAUGUUUAUGUUGUAGCUUUGACCAUUUAGUCACAUUAACAGGAAACUUAAUGUUUAAAUACCACGUGUGUGUGUGUUUGUGUGUGUGUGUGUGACCUCCACAUAAAUAGUUUAAAUAAAUUGGUGUAACUCAAACA